AUGCGUCCUUCGUCAAUACUGUCCGGUCUUUCAUGUGCCGCCUUUGCAAUACUGCCAUGUGCCGCCAUCACUGUUGAUCUGACGAGCGAGGACUCGAUCAAAACGGCCGCCUCUACUAUUGCCUUUGGCAUGAUGAAAUUCUACAACGGAAACGUGACUGGUGGCAUUCCUGGAUUACUUCCAGGUCCAUACUACUGGUGGGAAGCAGGCGCCAUGUUUGGCUCUCUGAUCGACUACUGGUACUACACCGGCGAUACCAGUUAUAACGAUGUCAUCACCCAAGCCAUGCUCUUCCAAGUCGGCGACAAAGACAACUACAUGCCCAGCAACCAGAGCAAGUCGCUUGGUAAUGACGAUCAAGCUUUUUGGGGCAUGGCUGCCAUGUCUGCCGCCGAGCUCAAGUUCCCAAACCCUCCUGCCGACCAGCCUCAGUGGCUCGCUCUAGCUCAGGCUGUCUUCAACAGUCAAGCUCUCCGAUGGGACACCACGACAUGCGGUGGAGGCUUGAGAUGGCAGAUUUUCACCUUCAAUAACGGCUUCGACUACAAGAACACUAUCUCCAACGGCGCUUUCUUCAAUAUGGCUGCACGCCUUGCUGCUUAUACUGGCAAUCAGACUUAUGCUGAGUGGGCCGAGAGAGCUUUCGACUGGACUCACGCCAUCGGCCUGAUGAGUGAUGACUACUAUUUCUAUGACGGUAGCGAUGACAAGAUCAACUGCACUCAGAUCAACCAUAUCCAGUGGUCCUACAAUGCUGGUGUCUUCCUUCUCGGAUCUGCCACCAUGUGGAACCUCACCCAGAGCGAUCUCUGGAGAGAGCGCACCCUUGGCAUUUGGAACGCAACCCAUGUCUUCUUCACCAACCAAGGUGGUCAGGGAGAUGGACUUAUCAUGUUCGAGGUGGCCUGUGAACCGAACAACAACUGCAAUGUCGAUCAACUCAGUUUCAAAGCCUACUUGUCACGCUGGAUGGCCGCUUCCACCAAGGUCGCGCCAUGGCUGUACGACGACAUCAAGCCUUAUCUCGCAGCAUCCGCCCAAGCUGCAGCUCUGUCUUGUAGUGGUGGAGAAGACGGCACAACAUGCGGAACCAGAUGGUGGAACAACGGGGUCUGGGAUGGAGCUACGGGUGUUGGUCAACAAAUGUCCGCUCUCGAGGUCAUCCAAUCCAACCUCAUUGACAGAGUUCAAGGGCCUGUGUCCAACUCGACCGGCGGAACCUCACAAGGCAAUCCUAAUGCUGGAACCGGAGGCGACUCGAAUCCCAUUGCCACACCCGAUCCCAUUCAAACCAGUGAUAGGGCUGGUGCUGGCAUUAUCACAGCGCUGAUUCUAGUGGCUCUCAUCGGAGGAGCAUGGUAA